UCUGAGGUAAUUUUUUUGUAGUGAUUACUAAUACAGUUUGGUAAAUAAAUUGAAAGAAUUGACUUUAUUUUAUAUUUUGAACGACUACAAGUAAAUUAUGGCUAAGCUAGAGCUCAUGCAAAGCUUAAAUGGCCACAAAGGUAUUGUAUGGAAUGUGUCAUGGCACCCUUUAGGUAAAAUAUUUGCUUCUUGCGGUGAAGAUAAAAUUAUUAAAUUAUGGAGUAAUGAAUGUCAAGAAUACACCACAAAGACAGUCCUCGUCGAUGGUCACCAGCGUACUAUCAGAGAAGUGGCUUGGUCACCUUGUGGAAAUUUUCUUGCAUCUGCCAGUUUUGAUGCAACUACUGCAAUUUGGGAUAAAAAAAGUGGUCAAUUUGAGUGCAAUGCCACAUUAGAAGGCCAUGAAAAUGAAGUGAAAAGCGUAGCAUGGUCACCCUCGGGUCAGCUGCUGGCGACAUGUGGUCGGGACAAAUCGGUGUGGGUGUGGGAGGUCGCUGGGGAAGAUGAAUAUGAAUGUGAAUCUGUCCUGAAUGCGCACAACCAGGAUGUUAAGAAAGUGGUAUGGCAUCCUACAUUAGAUAUCUUGGCCUCGGCUUCUUAUGACAAUACAGUGAAGAUGUACAAAGAAGAUCCUGCAGAUAAUGAUUGGACCUGCAUCGCAACUCUUAUAUCACAUGAAUCAACAGUUUGGAGUUUGGCAUUUGACAAGACUGGGGAAAGAUUAGCCACUUGUAGUGACGACAGAACUGUGAAGAUAUGGAAGGAAUAUAAACCAGACAAUCAAGAAGGUGUCAUGGUGGUUGACAGAGACUCUGUCUGGAAGUGUGUUUGUACUUUGUCAGGAUUCCACACGAGAUGCAUAUAUGACAUAGCAUGGUGCCACAAGACUGGCUUGCUGGCAACAGCAUGUGGCGAUGACAUUAUAAGGAUCUUUAAAGAAGCAGAAGACUCCGACCCCAAUGCACCCACAUUUGAAUUGAUAUGCACUAAAUUAGAUGCCCAUUCUCAAGAUGUCAAUUGUGUAAAAUGGAAUCCUACAGGAAAUCAAGAGCUCUUGUCCUGCAGCGAUAAUGGAGAAAUUAAAUUAUGGAAAUUCACUGAGUAGCUAUAAGAAAUAGCUAGCUAGUUCAUUAAUAUAUUGUUAACAUUAAAAGCAAAAGUGGUGGCUAUGGCUGUAUAGGAGUUCAUGUUUACAUUUUAUUUUAUUUAUCAAUAAUAAACUUAUUUUAAUGAAUGA